AUGGGACGAAUGAGCUUGGGUUCCACUGAGUAUGUCUUGGAAAUCGGCGUUGACAAGCAGGAGGACCCCAGCUUUACCAUUAUCAACCAGCACUUCCGCUUUCUUCACAAGCUCCUGGUGAAGUGGAACCAGGGUAGCUUUGUUGAACUUGAGGAGGCGUGGCAGCACUGGUACAACCGCAUUAUUCGACACAAAGAACCGUGGAGAAUUGUGGUUGGUCCUUUUGGGGCGGCUGCGUGCUACUUAAAGGCCCUGGGCUGGACGGCCACGUCACUCACUAAAUGGCGGGGAUGUGGUUUUGAUUUUGACAUUUUGGACAGAGCCAGCCUCCAUGGGCUUAGCUACCACCUCAAGAAAACCUGCGACGGGUGGAGAUGGAAGGCCAUUUCACAGAGCGAAGAUGGACAGUCGCUGGCCAAUGGGGUGGAAUGGCAGGCCCCACGUAGAGCACUAAAGCAAGUGAAAGGCCUGCAGAAAAAGGCCCUAGUGGCAGUGUGGCAGGGUGCUAUUCGUCACAGCAUGGGCUCCUGGUGUAGUCGUUGCAACCAGGAAGCUACACUGCGGCAUGUGCUGUGGGACUGUAGCUGGUGGGCCCAAAACCAGCAGGAACCAGAAGACUUCCCAAGGCUCAGGCAAGAAUACCAGGAUGAUAGUCUAUGGUUGCGAGGCCUCCCUGCUGCACAGGACAAGCCACUGGGGUAUACCCAGGUUUUUCAGGAAACUGGGGUUUUCCAGCAGCAGGAAUUGGAUGGAGGUGACCUCCAUUUUGCUACAGACGGUAGCCCUGGGGGAUCCCAGGAUCCACGAUUCCAAGUGGUUACUUGGGGAGUUGUGGCGUUUCGAAUCCUGGGCUCCCAGAUCCAGGUGGUUGGCACUGCUACAGGACCUGUCACCUGCGAACAAACAGUGUUUCGUGCUGAAGCGAAGGCGAUUACGUACCUGGUGGCUAAAGUCCAAGGCAACAUUGAGGUUGCCUUGGACGCCAAAGGGGUGAAGCAACUCGCUGAGAGGGCGGCAAGAUGGAAGUCAGAGGAUUUGUUUCAGCCGGUUCGUGCUGAAAUGCAUCGGGUCACCCUUACCUGGAUCAACAGCCACCUCACUGAGCAGGAAUACAUUGCCAAAUUUGGUGCUGACUCUCUAUGGAGGUGGCAGGCCAAUGAGGAGGUGGACAGGCUGGUGCAAAACCGAGCCAAUGAGAGAAGGGAGGCCUGGGAACAGGCAGUCCUCAUCAAGGAUGAGGUGGUCAUCAGAGUUAAUUCCCUGUUGGCACGGAGAACGGCGGCGAUGUUUCAAUAUGAUCGGCUUGAUGGCCCCCAGGUUGUUUAUCCUGACUCCAAGGAUGACAAUACACCUUCGCAGAAGAAGCUUCGUAAAGGGCCCAAGCAGACGAAGCUUUUUAAAGCCCAAAAGCAGCGCAAAAGAAAAACCCAGGUAGCUCCACCUGGUGAAGGCAAGCUGAACAAGAGGCAGCAGAUGGAGGCAAUGCUUGAUGGUGCUCGACCGGCCUUGGGGCAUAAUUGGGUGGUCGGGCAUCAGUCCAGAGACCAGCUCACGAUCAAAUGCAGCACCUGUGGGCUGUAUGUGCAACAAACGGAGUCGAUCACUAUCUUCGACAGGAAGAUAAAUCACCACUGCUUGUUUCAGGGCCCGAGUUUUGCAAUGGCAGCCCAUGCAACUCACAAAAUCGUGAAUGCAGGUAAGGAGUGCCGGCAAAGAUACCAGGGCAAAGACCUCUGGGUACGAGACGUCAUUCAGCAGGUGUCAUCCUGCGUGGGUGCUGUGAGCCGUGCCAUGGAGGCGGAAGACCCUGGUGGAAACCAGGGCAAUAGCCAAGCUGGUGGGAUGCCAGCGGAGCCGGCCAGUGGCUCAGCAGAAGGCCCUGGUGACAACCAGGGCAAUGACCAAGCUGGUGGAAGGCCAGCGGAGCCGGCCAGAGUGGUCACGAGAAACCUUCCAAUCCCGGCUGCAGUGCUCCGGGAGAAAGGAAAGGACCCUGGUGCUAACCAGGGCGCUGGCAAAUCCCCUCCUCCCCCACCGCCUGCCAGGAAGAGGACAGAGGCGGAGGAGUACUCGUACUACACUGGAGAGGAGGAGUCGGCUGAAGCCCAGGAGCCCAGCAAGCGUGAAAGGUUCGUGGCGACUGUACGAGCAGCUGCUAAGGAGCGCCAGCAAGGCAGUGUAGCUCGGCCCAGCCCUGGUGAUGACCAGGAGAUGGUGGAGCCACCGGUGGAAAACCUCCCGCCUGUCAAGGAGGAAACCACGCAGCCGGAGACCAGCAAGGCCCGGCCACAGGAUGAAGCAAAGUCCCCUAGCUCAUCCACUGGUGAAUCCAGUAUCAGUAGCAGUAGCUCUGAAACAGAAGGGCCAGGGCAGCAGCCUGAGCAAAGGAAGUCUCCUGGUGAUAACCAGGAGACAAACAAGGCAACAGAGGGCACGUCCAGUUUUGCCAAAGCUAAGGCGCCUCCGCCGGGUAUUCCAAUGCCUGGUGCUGACCAGGAUAUGGAACCACGACUGGAGGCCAGCAGCGCGGAGGACCUGGUGCAGGCAACCUCAGAAGUCAAAGAGGAGGUCAAAGGUGAAGCCAGCCCUGAGGGACCUGUGGUGUUCAGGCAGAGGACACCAGUUCGUGCUAUGAGCCGGUACGGCUCCAAGAAGGCCCUGCUGCGACGAUCUUGGGACCAAAGCCUAAGGCGGACUAUGCACAGACGAUGCAGUUUGUGGUCAAGAUGCGCAAGGAUCCGGGUCACUUACACAAACUGCGGAGAGGAAGCUGGUGUUACCAGCACCCCCCUGCAAGUGCUAGGCCUUGGGGGGUCCAGGAUCGUGGUUGUGGCCCCUCACCAGGACAACCUGGUGUGGAAGAUCAGUGUCUGCCCUCAAGAGAGGGAGCGGCUGGCGUGCAGAGUGCUGGGGGCUGUGACUCCUACCCCAGUGAGGGCUGCUGGUGUUCACCAGAUGACCGAAGAAGGCACAGACGCGGCCCAGGAGCCUAAGUGGGUGACCAUGCUCGAGUGUGAGAGGCUUGAUCCUUUCCCGGAGCCCACCGACUUCCUGGUGAUCCAGGCCCUUUUCACCCUGUGCCUGAUCGCAAAGGUCAUGAAGGUGAAAGAUGUGGGAAGGUAUAAUUUGGGCAUACGGGAACUCCGCCCAAGCGUGCCAGGGGCUCUCCGCGCAGUUGUGUUCCUGGACUGUAAUGGCUGGGAACCGUACGACCCUGAGCAAAAGCCGGUCUUCCCCAACAAGACUAGAGCCCAAGGGUUCUGGAAUAUGGUCCAGAGCUAUGACAGGGACCUUAAGGACCUCCUCAGGAACGUCGUGGAUGAGCACCACGCUGACUUGGAGAGCCUCACGUGUGCUCUCCGAGUGCUGGCCAGGGGAAGGUUCGACGCGGAUACUUUCGAUGAGCUUAUGCACAUCCUGGUCCAAACGCAGGUGCUGGCGCUCACUCCGGAAGGUCGUCUGGGACAGCCUCUGCUGCCAGACGAUCAAAACCACGACCUGGAGCCUGGCAAAAGCUGGGCCUGUAGCAACCAGCCCGGCCGGUGA